GCUCGAGCAACAUGGGCUCGAUCGCGGGCGAGCUGCAGAGGAAGACGGCCGCGUGCUUUCCCGGCCCCCCUCCAGUGCGGAGGGCCUUGCGAGGCUUCGCCGGAGUGACCUUUUGCCGCAGUGGCUUCGAGACGCUCUAAACCACUCACUCCCUUAAGGACAGGUGGCAUUUUUCGGCACCGUAUUUGCAACCUGUUGAGGGGCAUGGGUCGGUAGGCCUCGGCGCCAAUGGAUGCCCGCGCGAGCUUGAGGCGGGCUGUCGCGGAGGGGGAGGGCGUGGGUCCGCUCGACGGCGGCGCCACUGCUGGGCCCGCGGAUGUGUGGGAGGCCUGCGACCCGCUGGCUGUCCAUCGCGCCGUGCUGGACGAGUGUCACAGGUACGUGGCCCUCGCGGAGCUUCGGAAGCGCUUCGACAAGUCGUGGAGGGCCGCGUGGGGGUGCAGGGCCUGUGCGGAGAGCUUCAACGCGUGGCUCUUCGAGGCGCUCAACGGCGCCGAGGCCGAGUGGCCGCCGAUCCCAGGCCGCGAGGGCGCUGGUCUGCAGCGACCCCGCCGCCGGCGGGGACGGGUGCACGUUGGGAGCCGCGGCUGGCAAGGGAGGGCUGCUCGCCCAGGGCCUGGCCAAGGUCGGCGGCGUCCUGGGCACCGUGCGCGUGCCGACGGAGGUGUCGAUCGGCCUCCACAUGCGCGACCUCGCCGCGGUCUGGCUUCUCGCAGCUGCCGCCACCGCCGGGGUAUUUGCCCUCGCCACCUGCUGGCUGCGCAGGCCCGCCGCGAAAGCCGCCGUCUUCGGGCGCAACACGACGGAGGAGUGGCGCGCGCCAGCGCCGGCGGAGGCGCCGCGCUCGAGCCAGGAGGAGUGGGUGCGGGCGGCCGCCGCGCGGCGCCCAGCCGCGCGCUCCAAGCUUCAGCAGAAGAUGCCCCAGGUCGUCAGGGACGACUCCGACGAGGGGGAGUUGGACGGGUGACGCCCUUCUCCUCGCUCCCCCAUUCUCGCUGCCGGGCUCCUCCC